CUGGACAUUCCAGGGUAUCCUGGAGACCAAGGUCUUCAGGGCAUGGUCUUCUUCCUUCAGCUGGAGGGAACAUGGCAGGAGACAGAGGAGUGAUCCUGUUUGUCCUGCUGCUGUCCUGCUGGUGCCACACGGAGCCCCAGCCCAUCAACAUGACUUCAGGUACAGUCACAGGUCCAACCACUGAAAUGCCACCCAGCUCAAAAGAUCCGGAGGAUAUACCUGGAAUAUUUGAUGAAAUUCUAGUCCAAGAGAUGUUGAAUCCAAAUAAGUCAUCAGUGGCUGGAAAGCACAUGACAGCAUCAACAUUGUCAACAAAGUUGUUCAACGAUAAAAAUGACAGCAUGAAUGAGGAUUUUGAAGUUGGUGGCACUCAGAAUUAUCAGGGACUCUCUGAUAAUUCACAAUUCUCUACUGGCAGUGAGGACACAAUUUUCAAUAAUGAACCCAGUACUGACCAGAGUUACCGGCUCGGCAAUCCUGAGGGUUACAGCGAAUCACAGUUCUCUUCUGGUGGAAGGAAUUUAAAAAAUGAUCAAUAUAAAAAAACAUCAAUUCUGGACAAAAUCCUUCAAAACACUGGAAAAUCUUCAGGGAGCUCUUCCCAGUAAGUGGAAGAGGAGGGUGAAGCUCCGAGGAGACGCAGAGGACGGUCAGCAAGGCCACCCACCCCAAGGGAGCCCCCUUAGCAGGAAACUCCAGACUUCGUGAGACCCCACAGCCCCACCCUCAGGAAUAAAGAGCAUAUAUGUGCACAUACUGUUGA